UAUUGCAUGGUAGACAGCAGACGAUAACUGGCUCGCUUCAUCCAUACAAACAGCGGACCAUUGUGUUGAGCUGGACGAAGAACGUGCGAUCGAGAGAAAAGUUUAUCUGCUGACCAAUUUAAGAAUUUUAUCUUAACAAAAAUGGAAUCCUCCGAGUUGGCCAUGGGUGAUGAAAUUGUAUCAGCAAUUGAUAAAAGUAAUACUGCUAAUAAGUUGGUGAUUGAAAGUGAUACAGGUGUGAAUACCGUGCAUGCACCAACAAAAUUAGCCAAUGGUCAAGACCAAAUAUCCAUAACACCAUCAUUGAACAGUGAUAAUGUUACGGAAACUAAUGAAUCAAAUAACUGUGCCGAAAUAAAAACUGGCACUAUUAGUGCAAAGGACAGUAUUAGUCAAAUGGCAGAGACUUCUUAUAGUGAUAAUCAGAUGGAAUUUGACUGUUCUGAAAGUGUGGAACUAAAUGUAAAUCCAGAGAAAGAUAAAGAAAAGUGUGAAAGUGACAAAUUGGCAAAUAUUGACAAAAUCAUCUCAGAAACAAAUGAAAAGAACAUUUUAGAAAAUACUUGUAACACUUCCGAACAAACAAAAAAAGACAAUUCAAUUAAAAGCCAAAAUAACAAGUCAUCAAAUGUUAAUGAAUCAAAAGAAAGCAGUUCAGAUCAUAAUCUAUUUAGUAAAGCAACAAAUUCAGUACCGUCAGCUCAGGAUGAAAGUAGUAUUGUUUCACAUAAAUGUGAGAAAUGUAUGUACAAAGCUAGCGACAAGGUAUUGUUUGAUUUACAUGUAUGCAAAGGGAAAGUUUCCCAUGAGAAAGGACAACAGAAAGAAAUCAAGAUAACUUGCAAUGGUGAUCUGUUUUUCUGUGGUGAAUGUGGUUUUUCAGGGCAAGGACAUAGCUUUGAAGAACAUUUGAUGUGUCAUUUAUUAUUGCGUCCAUAUCAGUGUAUAUAUUGUCAAGAAUCCUUUAUAAAUCGGAAAGAAAUAGGAAAACAUGUAAGUUUGGCUCAUCCAGGAAAGAAAAUGAACUGUGCCCUCAAGGCAAUGAAAAAGGCAAAAUCAUUUAUGGCCGAAACCAAGAAGACUGGAAGCUAUACAUUUUUUGCUCGAGUAUCUGGUCAAGUACCUCUUGGGAUAGGUGCUACAAAAACUCUUUGGACACCAACAAAGCCGUGUGAGUUAAAAUCACAAGACAAAGUUACAGAUUCAAAAUCCCACACAUCUGUAAUUCCAGAACUGACGAUCCCAGGAAGCAAUUUAUUGAAUUCAUCAUCUUCUAACAAUGUCAAUUGUAAUUCUGACAAAAAUACUAGUGAUUCUGAAACCCAAGGAAAAUUUGGAAAUUCUAUUCCUAUUAAUUCAAACUUAACAUUAGACUAUAUCCCUGUUAAGGCCAUUUCUACUGAUGACAGCGAUGUGAAAUUGACUUCUGACACUCUUUUCAUUAAACCAAACAUAGACAUUGGUGAAUAUGAAAAGACAAAAGUCACUGAGAUCACUGCACAUUCUUCCAUGAAAAAAGAUAAUGAGAAAUCAUCUAUCUUACUAGACACUCAGAUCACAGACUCUGUGGUAAAUAAUGCAACAAGUGUUAAAUGCAAUAAGCAAGAAUCACAAAGUGAUGACAAAAUUCUAAUCAUUAAAGUAACAAAUGACGAAACAGUACCUACUAAUGAAGCAGUGCCUACUAAUGAAGCAGUGCCUACUAAUAAAGAAGUACCUACUAAUGAUGCUACACCUACUCUUGAGGCUGUACCUACUCAUGAUGCUGUACCUACUCAUGAUGCUGUACCUACUCAUGAUGCAGCACCUACUCAAGAUGCAGUACCAACUUAUGAAGCAGCAAUAAUUGACGAAGCAGCACUAAUUGAUGAAGCAUUCAUCAGAGACAGUGUCGCACCUUCUGGAAACCAAGGUGACAGUACCAGUAUAAAAUUUGAUAAUGGUGCACUGCAAAAUAGAGAGGAGUCAAUAGAUAACUGUGCUGUUUCUUUGCCAAAAUCUGAAAACGAGGAAUCGAACAGUGAUUCAAUGGCUAUAAAAAUAGUUGCUUCCUUUUCUCUGAAUAUUUGUCCAAUAGCUGAAGCUCAUAAGUCUAGUGAAACUGAUGGAGUAGACCUUGAUACAUGUGUGACCAGUGAAAAUCCAACCACCAAGGAAACUACAGCCGACAUUGAAAAUACAACCAACAAUGAACAAAUGAAUUUGCAACCUCAAUUGCCUGUUUUAUUAAAUGUACAGCAAAUCUUAUCUUCUAUUAAAAAGAAAACUAGGUCUCCUAACUUUUACGCUUGUGGUUUUCUAUGUGACUUCAGCUGUUUAAUUUCUACUGAUUUUAAGGAGCAUCUUCUAAAAGAACAUGUUGGUUCAACUACUUAUCCAUGCUCUCAUUGUGGAUGGACCACACAAAGUGAAGAUGGACUUGUGAAACAUGUGACAUCGCACUCUCAUUCCUACAACAAGAAUCUUCCAUUAUACUUCUGUGGUGUAGUCAAAUGCCGAUUUGCCACGAACAUGUUGCCAGAAUUUAUAAGUCACAUGAAUAUUUUGCAUUCAAGUAUUACUGACCAUAGAUGUAAGGAAUGUAAUCAGGAAUUUAGUGAUAUAAUCAAGCUAUUGCAACAUUUUGAAGAUAAUUUUCUGCAUGUUGUUAACUGUCCUCACUGCUCGGCUAAAGGUCAAAAUCGACAAGUAAUCCUCAAACAUAUUGCUUCUGCCCAUCCAGGUAAAGCUAAAAUGGUAUCUGUUGGGAAGCAAAUCAUUUGCAAAGACAGAAAAAUGAACAGCUUUCAUCAGCUGAAAGGGCUGAUAUCUAAUAUCAGAAGAACCAGUAAUUCUACAAAUUUAGAACAUAUCUUGAAUCUAGAAAAGCAGCUACCUUCAUUUCUUAGCAACAAUAGAAAUGUAACCAAAGAAGCUAAUACUCCAAAUAUUAUUACUACUGACCAAGUAUCUUGUUUGGACCAGUCACCAGUACCUGAAAAUAAAACACAUACAGAAUUUACUGAACCUCAAGAUGAUCAAGACGAUGAUUCAAGAGAAGACAUUACAGCUGUGAAGACAGAAAAUUAUGAUGAUCAUCCUAGUCCAGCAAGCUCAACCGAUAACCCAGAGAGCAAUCUUAAACAUCCAGAUCAACCCACAUCUUGUACCUUUUGUACAUUUGUUGCCAGAGAUAUAACAAGACUAACUGGACAUAAAACCUGUCAUUCUGUAGGAGGUGAUGGUCGUCAGCAUGCAAAAAAGCAGCGCUUUAAAUGUCCCUACUGCCCACAGUGCUUUGAAAACCUCACUAAGUUUGUCUCUCAUGUAUCCUGCCAUCCGGGACUUAUUAAGUUUAAUUUGUUUACAUGUAAACACUGUGAAUACAAUACAAAUCAAAAACAUGUUAUAAUUAACCACAUUGAGGUUAAGUGUGGACGUAAUUAUUCUGGACUUAUUGAAGAUUUAUAUUCUGUAGAAGAGAGACUUCUAGAGAGUAAGGUUUUGGAAUGCGAGAACUGCAGUUUUCAAACACGCCAUAAAAUCCAUUUAAAACUCCAUUAUGAAUCUGAACAUAAAACUGCCUUCAAUGACCAAGGUGAUCAUGGUGUACAACAUCAAGUAACUAAUCUUAGUCCAGAUGAAUUGCCGCCAAUAAAGAGUCCACCUUUGUCUUCAUCCAGAGAAAACCUAACCAAGAAAUUCAUGUGUCCAGUAUGCUUUUAUCUUCUUCCAAAAGGUGCAGAUCUAAAGAAGCAUAUUCGUAAACAUCCUGAGCUUGGAAAAGUAUCUCUUGUGCUAUUUAGAUGCCGGUAUUGUAGUUGUGCUUCAACUGCAAAACAUGUUAUAGCAAGUCACAUCAAAGCCAAGCAUUCUGGUAGGGAUGUAGCUCUCGUUAAGAAGAUAAUAUCUGUUGACACCAGGGACUCGGAUAAUACCUUUUCUGAGACACAAGUAUCUGAAACUCCUAUGUCAAUACCAGAAACCGAAGUAUCCCAAAUUUUGCUUCAAGAAGAAAAUCGGACAACCCCAUCUUUAAUUGCUACAGUUUCAAAUGGGGAGGAAGAUAAGGAAACCUAUUAUCAUGUAUUUAUCGUGCCUGAGUACUCACAAGGAAAUUUUGCUAGUCCAGUAAAAUGUCCUUGUUGUGAAUUUGACAGUCAAGCAACAUCGGCUCUCAUUCAGCAUUUGAAAAUGCAACAUCCUAAGCUGUGUGUAGUGGGAAAGCAAUCAAAACCAGCACUGAAAUAUUACAAACUUGGAUCUGAAGUUCCAUUUGGUCUACUCAACAUGUUACAUGCAGCUGUUGGGCUUAAACAGGAAGCUGUUGUUCUUUCCUAUAAAGAUGUGUUCUCAGUAUCUGCCCAUUGCCCAAAAUGUGCAUUCUCAACAUAUUUUAAACAAAAUUUAGCUCUACAUCUGCGAGAUCACCAUAGAGAAUUAACGAUUUUAGAAGCACAGAUAAAUGAUCUUAAACCUCCUGUGACUGUUAAAAAGCCAUCUACAGUUUCUAAAGCUGAAUCGACUUUAGCAAAGCUUCAGCAGCUUCGCAAACAAGAUCCGAUUAUUGUUGGCAGUGGUAUUCUUGAUGACAAACUUAAAGGACUCUAUGAGAAUCUUGGUUUUGUGAGCAGAUGUGCAAUCUGUGGAACUGAAAGGCCAAAAAGAUAUCAUAUGCAUGUUCAUGUUCUCCGACAUUUGAAUGUUUCAUUAUGGAAGUGUCAAUAUUGUGAUUAUAAGGGAUUAGAAAGAUAUAAAAUGUGCAAGCAUAUCAAAGAUCAACAUCCCCAAAAGAAAAUGGCUAUUAAAUAUUUACCGGUAGAGAUAGAAGAUAAGAUUACGGAGUACCUAAAUGAACGAUCUUUAGCAGCUGCUGAAGGUUCUGAUGCAUUACCAAAGGUUCCUCCAAGUGCUAAAUAUUCUAUGGAUGCAGCGUUUAGUCCCCUUGGAAAUGAUGACUUAGAUGAACAUUUUAAAGAAUUAUACCGCGAGGAUGGUGACAUAUAUUCUUGUAUCCUCUGUAGCUUUACAGUUCGACGAAAAUUUGCCAUUCAUAGACACCUUGUCUCAUCACAUCUUGCAAUUGCCUUAGUUGGAUGUGGAUAUUGUGGAUUUAGAGGAAUUGACAGAAAAAGUAUUGUGGAUCAUUCUCAUGAACAGCAUGCACAAUCAACAUUGAAUGUUAUUCUGUUACCUAAUGAUUUGAAAAAAAUUGUCUCAGAAUGCUUAUCAUCUUCAGGAUUGAAAGAUGAGGACAUUUCCCCGACUCCUGAAAUGGAUUUAACUGUCCAGUUUGAAGAGCCUAAGAGAGCUAAACAGAAGGCAAGAAAAAGUUUUCCAACUGCCAAACCUCAAUUGGCUUCACCACCCAGGGAUGAUUUUUCAGAAGAAACUACUAAUCAAUGUAAAAAGUAUGUAAUGGGAACUGAGAUGUUAGAUGCUAAGCUUAGAAUAUUAUACUCUACAGAUCAAGGUAAAUUUAAGUGCACCGUUUGUGAAAAUGAUUUCCCCCGCAAAUAUGCUAUUCAUAGACAUAUUUUAAUGUGUCAUUUGAAAGUUGGUUUAAUGCAGUGUCCCUUGUGUACCUAUUCUGGUGUAGAACGAUAUAUUGUAAUAAACCAUCUCAAAGAGCACCAUAAAGUAGAACAGGAUCAAAUUCCCUUUCCAUGUGAAGUUGAUAUUGAUGAAAAAAUAUCUAAUUUUUUAAGUCAAGAGCUUGGUGGAUCAAAUAAGACUCGUAUAAGAAGUCGGAAACGUUCCAAAGAAAUUGAAAAACUAGGUGAUAUAGAAGGCACAGAAACAUCCACUACUAAACCUAUGGUUGUUGCAUUGUUUAAUAAAAAAAAAAUUGGUGCUACUGAAAAGACAGAUCAAGUACCAGAGACGAAAAAAAUUAAACAAGAAUUCCUUGAAGAUGAAGAAUCUCAAGAAAUGGAAGAUAAUACAUAUGAACCUAAAGAUGAAAUGGAUGAAGAGGCAGAAGCCAACACUGAUGAAUUAAAACCUGAAUCACAUUGGGAACUAGCAGAGAAUGGAAGUACUUUCAAACCUCGAGCCAUGAUAGAUGUUGAAACUACAAUUCAAAUAAUAAAUUUAUCUGAUGGUUACAAUAAGCGCUUUGGCUGUGAAAAAUGUUCCUUUACAUCUGUUCACCGAGCUAACAUUCAGAGACACAUAUUUCGAGUCCAUGAGAAUUACAGAUAUAAGAUCUGUCAGAUCUGUGGUUACAAAACAUUGAGCAAUAUUUUGAUGAGAAAACAUAUAAAUGCUAAACACAAAGGAGCAACGGAAAAUGAUAUUCAUUAUGAAGAACUACAAUCAGACCGAGUACGCCAGAAUAAAUUAAACAAUGAAGAAGUUAACAAAUUAGCUCCAGAUAAUGGACCUAAAGGAUUCUAUGCUUGUGCAUACUGUGAGUUUGAGACAAAUACUCCUGAAAACAUUGUUAAACACAUGGAUGCUUGUCAUUCUGAUGGUUCAAAGAAAACAUUAGAAAAACCAGCAUCCACAGAGUCUUCACAAUCAGUUUCCAAGGGUAAUGCAUUAAAGAAAAAAUUAAAAGCCCCACUUCUGAAAGUUCCAACGUUCUAUGCCAAGAAUCAAGAUGGCUUUAAGAAGAGAAGCUUCAAAUGUGAAUAUUGUGAUUUCCAAUGUCGGAUAUAUAGACUGUUGAAAAGCCAUGUAGCUUUAGUACAUAAAGAUCAACCGAAAGCAGAAGAAAGCCUGGUACCCAAACCAUCAUGGAGGUUUGCGUGUGUUGAGUGUCAUUUAAAGAUGGAUGUUGGUACAAAAAUGAAAUGUCAUCUGGGGCGUCACAUUGGAUAUAAGCCAUAUGUCUGUGAAACAUGUACAGCAGACUUUGCAUCACCUGAUGAAAUGCGCAAACACAUAAGAAGAUACUUGCAUUCAGAGAAGAUUAACUAUGUAAAACAAGAUGAACAAGAAGGUAUUCUUGAAGAUCUUCUGGCAAAAUCUAAACAGUACGCAACUGAUAUUUUGGAUGGAAAAGUGCCAAACGUUAAUCCAAACCGAAUUGGACAAAGAAUAAUUAAAAAGAAGGGAAUUUUGGAAGCACGUGAUCAGGAAAGUUCUCCUGGAAACCCCAAGAAAUUGAAAUUAGACGGUACUCCUGAAGGAAAAUGUAAUUCUAAAGAGACUAGAAGUGGAUUUGGUUGCUCUAUGUGUAUUUACACUGCUCAGAAUAUACAUGAUGUUUCUACUCACCAUGUCAGAGCACAUAAAAACCAGCCAUUUAUUUGGAAAGAUUUGGUAAUGGGUUAUUCUUGUGAUGUUAAUGGCAAUAUAUUGAAAUCCUCUGAAAAACUACCCAAGAAAAAAGGAGUAAUGUUUAAGACAACAGCUGAUAACAAACCUCCAUGGCAUACAUGUAAUAAAUGUGGCUUUAACACUGGAUGUCUACAGGGUAUAAUUGGACAUGUUAAAGCACAUGGAACUAGGGAUUAUAUCUGUGCUUACUGUCCCAACAGAUACUUUAAAAGGAUGAUGUUGGCAAGACACCAGAAAAACGUCCAUAAAGGUAAAAGAUUGUGGCUAAUACAUGAGGUCCUGGAUGAAGACAAUCUGGAAGAAGAUCCCAUAAAAGACCCCACCAUGCCUUUAUCAGAGAGGCGAGUAAGUUCCAAUUUGAAUUACUGCUGUCAUUUGUGUGAUUUUGUAGCAGAUAGCCUGUACCAUUAUAGGCUUCAUCUACCUUCUCAUGGACAAUGUGAUCAUCUUGUGCCUGAUAUAGCUGCUGAUUCUCCAUUGAAAUGUGGAUACUGUGCUUAUGUGGCUUCAGACCAAAAAGAUUUUAGUGCUCAUAUUAACAUUCAUCUUAAUUACCGUUCCUUUAAGUGCUCCUUCUGUGACUAUAGUGCUUACAAUAGAAAGGAUGUUGCAUCUCACUUACGAUAUCUUCAUAGUGAUGAAGAUAUAUCAAAUGAAAACAACUGCAUUAUUUCUGCUAAGGACACAUCAAAACUUUGCAACAUUGAUGAAUCAAAGUGUCGCUUACCAAUGCUAGCUAAUCUAGAUCCUCGGGUGACACUAGUUGACUGUAGUGAAUUUCCAAACAGUAUUGUUAAGACAAAAUCUUUAAAUGAACAGGAUACUGUGUCAUCAUCUAAUCCUAGUGAAAAUAAAAUUGUUGAUAUGAUGGAAUUAGAGGGGCCAUCCUUUCAAACUGAAGGGCUUUUGUCAACUAUCCGUAUUGGGAAAUCUGAUGAUCCAUCUCUGGUCAGUAGUGUCAGUGAUGCAAGUGACCUGUGCCAAACUGGUUUAGACCUUGAAUCAUCAUCUAUAGAGGGCACUGAAGAUUCAUUUCAGACCAGUAUGACAAAACCAGAAAUGGAUUCCAUGGAUGAAGUUGAUGGAAUGUCAUGUGAUUCUGCAAUGCUCGAUUCCUGUGUAUCCUCCACUGAUGAUUCACAAAAAGAAACCGAGCGAACUGACUUUGAAGUAUUUGACUCAAUUGAUAAAGCUUUAGAGCAAUUGAACAAAAGCAAUGACCAAAUUAAUCAAGGGAAAAACCUAUUUGAGACUUUUUCCUCACCGAAUACAUCAUUUUCUUAAAAUAAACAAUGUGUUACCCGUCUUAAAUAAAGGGCAAGCUGGAUUGGUAUGCUCUAACUACUGAUGUGUGUAUGAAUUUUUGUCUAAUUGAAUGAAUGGUUUGCAUCCAUGGAGUAUAAAUGUAGCAUUGUACAUAUGCAUAUGGAAUUUAAAUUGAGAUUGUCAUGUAUUUUGUAUUCAUAACAUUUCAUGCCAAAUUCAGAUUUUAGUUGUCAUAUAUACCAUGUGAUGAAAGAUAUUUGUUUUGUUUAAGUUUUGAAAUAAUGGUUUAAAAACAAUUUUUAACACAGCUCUAUUAUAUUUUUUUUUAGAACAAAGAUAAUAUUGCUCUAAAAUGUAUUUAUUAUUAUUUUAAGAACAUUUUUCAAGCUAUUUUACUUACAAAAUCAAUCGCACGAUUGUCAAUAUUCGGUUUCAUUAUACCACCUGAUUUGGAUUAAAAGUAAGUAUUGUUGGUUUA